CCGGCGCCAAGGACAAAGGAGUAAGUUUCGUGUUCUCCGUCGGUAAGAAACUGAAAACGCCAACACAAGGCGAACAAGAGAGAACCGAGUCAAAGCAGGUGAAGAAAUGGACGGAGAACUGCCGCCGGUACCGGCUCCGUUGUCCAUCCACCCGGCCGUAGCACCGCUAUCAUUUUUACUUGGAACAUGGAGAGGCAAAGGCGACGGUGGAUUCCCCACCAUUAAUUCCUUCUCUUACGGCGAGGAGAUCCAUUUCUCCCAUUCCGGCAAGCCAGUGAUUUCUUACAGCCAAAAGACUUGGAAACUCGAUUCUAGAGAGCCUAUGCACGCUGAGAGUGGCUACUGGCGUCCCAAGCCCGAUGGUACCAUUGAAGUUGUAAUCGCUCAAAGCACUGGUCUCGUUGAAGUUCAGAAAGGAACAUAUAAUGCAGAAGAGAAAGUGAUAAUGCUCCAAAGUGAAGUUGUAGGGAAUGCUUCUAAGGUGAAAGAAAUAAGCAGAGCGUUUAAACUGGUGGAUGGAGAACUUUCCUACGUGGUUCAGAUGGCUACUGGCUUAACCAGUCUUCAACAACACUUGAAAGCCUCGCUUACUAAAGUUUGAUGCAAGAAACGAAAUGGUACACAAAUCCUCUCUUUAGAUUAAGAAUACAGGCUACAAUAAAUCUGGACUGAAUUGCAAUUAGCAUGUUUCUAUAUUUCUGUAGUGUUUAUUCCCCAUCCUCCUCCCUCUAAAGUAUUAUCUAAUAGAAAUUUUCUCAUAUAUUUCACUA